AUGAAAAUAUUUCAAAACACAGCAUUGACACCAGCCAAUGCUCAUCAUAUAUUUACUAGUAUACAACCAAUAUGGGACUAUAUAAAAGAUAAUGCCUGGCAAUCGAUAUUGAAAGUUUUAAAUUUACCGCAAAUUUUAGCUAGUCUUCCACCUAGUAUUAUAUCAAACAAAAUUUUAGAUAAAUUGUUAGGGUUAUCAAGUGACGAUGAUGUUACAAAAAUAAUAGAGUCUAACAGAAAUCGUCAGGGAUACAAUGAAGAACAAAAAAGUACAUUUGUUCGAAAUUAUAUUUCUAAAAUAAAAAAUAAAUUAAAUCCAGCAAAUUUUCGUCAAUUAAUAACGGAAAAACUUGGCCUAGGAUUUUUGAAGUAUUUACCAUUAGAUUUUCUGUUAAAAAAUAAUAUAUUCAAUGAUAACAAUGUUUUACGUGAUGCCGCGGCUAAUUUACAUUUAAUGUCACCAUUACAAAAAGAUGCAAUAGCCACAAAAGUUUAUCGUGCAUUAACAUCAGAUUCAAUAUCUAAUCUUGCAACAGAUGGUGCUCCAUUGAGACUUGAAUCACCUGAAUCAAUGGGUAUUCUAGCCGGUGUACUACCAAGUUUAUCUCCACGACAAGUGAUCAAAGCUGUUGGCAAUAACGUUAUUCCCUUGCUGGCUACUCAGCAGGUACGAUCAGAUGUGUCCUGUGCAACUGCUAUGGGUCUAUUGAAUCGUACCAUAGAAGCAAACAGAAAUAAUCGUGCAUUUAAACCAGAGGCAAAAUAUUUACAACGUUGGCAAGAAUGUUAUUCCUGUGAUCUUAGGAAUUUUCUAAUUGAUAGAGAUGAUAUUAAAGAAUUAUUGAAAAAUCAUCCAAAUCCAGAAGGAUGUGAAGACUUAGUUAAUGAAGUAAAAAAAGAAUUCGAUUUAGAAAAUAGAUUAACAGGUCCAAAACUCAAAAGUGUCUCAGAUGUUCUUGGAUCCUUGUAUCGACCUGACGAAAUUAGUGACCUAUCCGAUAACCUGAUGGCUGAAUUAGGAAACGAUCAGGCAGCUAUUGAAAAACUUGGUCAACAAGAUUUGGAUCCACAUGAGGCUCGUACAAUAAUAAAUAAAAUUCCACGUCGCAUACAAGAAAAUUGGAAUCAAGGUAUCCUAGGUAAAUUAGGCAAUUUACUUCCCGGCUUAGAUGAAAAUAUAUUUAACGGAUUACUUCAAAAACGUGGUAAUUUACCGGCGUUAUUCUCGGAACAAAUGAAACCGUUUAUAACGAAAUUAGUUCCAUCAAGAAUUCGUCGUCUAAUUGAUAAGUAUGCAACAGAAGGAAACAUUCAAACUUAUAAAAAAUUAUUAACUUCUGACUAUGCGAAAAAAUUUAUUUCGUCAGCUACAUUAAUGAAAAUAUUAAAUCAAGCCCCUGAUGUUGUUCGUUUCUUCGAUUUACGCCGGCACAGGUUCGACUUAUUAAAUUAUAGGAAAUGA